GAGUAAAGGUCUCGCGAAAGUGUCUUUUAUAUUUUAGUUGGACGUCAUUUGUUGAAAGUUACUUUAAACGUGACGCAUUUUAAAUAAAAGCCAAAAAAGGGACCGAAGUUAAUUUAGCAGCACCUGUCAGGUUGGACUCUGUCUCAUCAGUAGGAAGGAUUAAUGGCUUCUGAUGACAGAGACGGUUCACCUAAAUCAAGGGGUUCGAUGAGGAGCGGAAGGCUGGAUGUCGCCCACAGCAGUGCCGACGUCACCGAAGCUGUAGACCUUGGUCCAGGACAGGAGGCACCUAUGGAUGAAGAGGCAGAUCUUCCCUCUCACCUGGAAUGGUUGCAGGAAUUGUCUGAAGAGAGCGAUAGCGAUGGUGACCUUACCCUUGUGGCUGACAAUAGCAAGAUGGAGAGUUAUGCACGGAUGUUCAAGCUGAGACGAAACCUGGACCAGCUGGACUCUUUUCAGCGACAGAAGGAGCGUGACGUGCAGACAGCCAGAGAAAACCUGGAAAUUUGCCGUAAGAAUAUAGAAAGCUGGAUGAAGCAGAGGGACAAUUUGGAGUGGGAAAUAGAGCAGCAGAAAGCAAAAGACAGCAGCAGCGUGGCUGUGUUCCGACUGCAAGCUCAGCAUAAGCAGUUGUGUCAAAAGCUGCAGAAUGUGGAAGAGCUGGAAGGCCAGAUCCGUGCUGAAGUGAGGCAACAAGAACUGAAGCUAAAUGAGUUGGAGGUAGAACUUGGCAGGGUCUCCUUCCUCCGCCAGGAGGUGCAGAAGGAAGAGAAGCUCUUCCAGGUCCUUAAAGCACAGAAGGCAGUAACAAGGUUGCAGCAGGAGAAGAAAGUGUGCCAGAAGCAGCAGCACAAGAUGAAGCUUCUGAGGGAUAAACAUUCAGCAAAGCUGAAGGAGGAGGAGUCCGACUGUCAAAGGAAGAUUGAAGAGGCUCGAGCAAGCCAAAAGAAAGUUGCCAAGUACUUGAAGCAGACCAUUAAGAGGUUGCAUCAGCAAGAGGCUGAGAAGGAGCAGCAGAACAGAGAGUUUAUGGAAAGGAGGGUGCAUGCUGUUGAGUCUCUAAAAUCGAACAUAGCAGCCAACCAAGAGAAAUUACAGGUUCAGCAGAAUAGAGCCAAAGAAGAAGCCCGAAAGAAAGAACAACAAGAAAGGCAACUAAAAGCUGCCUUGGAGGCUCAAGGCAUCGACAGUAUGAAACAUAUGUAUCAGCAGAAACAGCUAGAGGAGGCAAAACAAAAACAACGGGAAUUGGAGGAGAGACAGAAGUCAAAGAGAUUGGAGAUCCAGGCAAAAGUUCUUCAGGAGGAACAGCUGCUAAAGAGUAGAAAAAUUUACCAGGGAGAGCCUCCCAGACCAGCAAACAAUGGCAGGCCCUUACCUUUGAGGAUGAGAAGACAGAUUCUCCGGUCUUAUCAGGAUCCUGACACUCCAUCAGUCUGUGAGGAGACGACAACAUCGCUUGUGAGAGAGUCCAGUAACAUCAGUAGGUCUUCAUCCCAGUGCUCUGUUGGUGAACAUCUGGAAGAAACGGAGGAAACUCUUCCAAAAGACACGGCCAACGAGAGCUUCACUGACAGCCUUACAGAGCCUGAAUUCUCUGGGCUGUGGGAGCCGGAAUGCAAGGGGGCCAUCACCGAGGAUAUGACACCUCCAAAAGCAGAAGUAAAGAAAUAUGAACCUUCCAUGACAAGCAAAAAGUUAGGAGUGACAUCUAAAAACAUUAAUGGAAAAGAGAUGAAAGGGCCUCCAUUCAUCAGCAAACCCAAAGUCGUCCACUUUAAGGACUUUGAAGUGGGAAAGUUGUAUAAGCAGAAGAUCACGCUAACAAACAACAGCUACACUGUUAAUCAGUGCAGGUUUCUAAAGGUCUCUGCUUCACCAGAGGAUGUCAUUUCUGUCAACUUUGAUCCUCCUGGUUCUUUAGCUGCUGGGAUGUCAUUCGACAUAGAGGCUCUUUUCCAGCCUCUGAAUAAUGAAGACGUGGAGGGAGAGCUUGAGUUUGGAUCAUCCCUGGGCCCCUUCUCAGUUCCUGUCAGAUGCACUACAAAAAAAUGCAUCCCGGAGGUCGACUGUCAAUUGGUGGAUUUUGGCUCUCAGGUGGUGGGUCAGACUAUUUCACGCACUAUCACCCUGAGAAACAAGGGAGCACUGGCCACCUUCUUCAGCUUGGACACCUCCACACAUCGCUUCCCAGAACGCAGCUGCGUCCAGAUGCUAUCCCAGUCAUCCACCAACACAAGCCUGAACAAAUACAGUGACAACACAACUUCAAGCGAUCACCAGAUUUCUGAUUCAUGGGAUUCAGAGGAGGUCCAGCCAAAGAGUCUUUCCAAAGACUUAGAGCCUAUAAAACCAGAAACAGCUGCUGAGUCUGUCAAUGAGGCCGUCCUACCCUCUGACAUGGACACACAAAUAAACCAGAACCUCUGGGACUGUUGUGAUAUCACAUUUGGGGAUAUAAGAGAGGGAGAGGUUGGACCUUCUCAAAGCAUCAAGCUGGAGAUUUUAUUCACUCCAACCAUUCCAGGAGAGACCAAGCUGGACUUCUACAUCAGAUUCUCUGACACAAACACAAAACCAAUACCCAUCCAGGUCAGAGGCUUAGCUGUCAGCAUCCCUGUAUGGGUGGUUCAGCCCAACAUUGACCUGAAGAUCUGCAUGUUUGAUCGCCUCUAUCAAAGCACUGUCACCAUUCAAAGCAGAGCAAACAGAGCUUUGAAAGUAAAGUUUGAGGUGUGCCCAGAGAUGAAGAAACACAUGGAGAUUCUGCCAAAAAAGAGCUUCAUCCAGGCUCAGUCAACUCUUAAUGCCCAGCUGAAAUUCAAACCCAGACAAUCCUUGUCCAAAGAUGCAGAGGAUUUUUUUGACAGUGACACAGGAGUCCUGGAGGUUCCAAUGACAGUUCAAGUAGCAGGGCAGGUGCAGCCUGCCCAUUUUACAGUACAGGCAAUUGUCACAUCUACAGACCUGCAGUUUGACCCAACAGAGGUGGACUUUGGUUACUGUUCAAUCUACAGUUUGGUUAAAAGCAGAGUCCGCCUGACCAACAUGUCCUUCCUCCCUCAAGACUUUGGCUUUGUGGCCGUUCCUGAGUUUAUUGAGGUCCAGCCUAACGAUGGCUUUGGGACUCUGCUUCCUCAAGAAAUUCUGGAGGUUGAUCUUAUUUUCAGCCCUGAAAAAGCAAAAGAAUAUAACUUCCAACUUAUCUGCAAAUCUGGAAUCAACAGAGACUUUCUGCUGUCUUGUCGAGGUGUGGGUGUCCGUCCUCCGCUACAGCUGUCCCACUCUCUGGUUCAGUUCAGACCUACUGCACUAGGCAAUGAGUCCACUGCCUUACUGUACCUGACUAACCAGCCGACUGACGGUGACCAGUGCAAAGAACCAACAACUCAACCUGAUGGCCCCAGGUUGUUCACCUUCAGUGUGCCAGAGGAUUCAGACAUCAGCAUUAUUCCUUCAGCAGGACGCCUUUUACCCAGAGAGAAAUGUCUGGUUCGGGUGAUAUUCAGACCUCGACUUUCAGAGGAGGAGAUUAAAGAAGAGGCCCUACGUCAGCUGCACUGCGAUAUGUUGAGCAGAGAGAAUGAGGAGACAAAAAAUAGACCGAUUGAACAGGAGAUGAAAAAGGACAUCUGUGCUGAGGCCAACAAAGGGAAGAGGCCAUCUGGGGAUACAGAAAGCAGCAAGAUGACCGAAUCAUCUGAUCCAGUCAACUUAAAGCCAGGGUCUGUGCUGUACGGGAAGGCCAGGGCCUCUUUGCUGAACUCCUUUGUGCGGCGCUACAGAGAGUACACCGUUCCCUGCUUUGUUUCAGAUGGAGACCCAACGAAAUCAGAACCACAAAUCCAACCAGCAUGGAGUCCCAUAAAUAAGCUCUACCUGAAGCUGGAGUGUCCUGCUGUACGGCCCCCUCUGCUGGUGAUAUCCAAUAAUGGCAGUAACGUCUUAGACUUCAACCAGGUUUUUGUGGGAAACAAAGAGCUGAAACAGUUAACACUUCAGAACAUUUCAAACGAGCCUUUGGAUCUGAGGUCGUCACUGUUGGAUCUGAAUAGUCCCUUUUCUCUGCUUAGCGCUAUGAGAGGCGUUAGUCCUGGAGAACAACUUACUUUGGUUUUAGCUUUCAGUCCGACGCUGGAGAAGAAGCACUGUGAGAUACUGAAGGUUCAAACCAUGAAUAUAGCUUUGGAAAUCACUCUUCGAGGGGAGGGUGUGCUUCCUGUUGUCACUUCAUUUCCCACUGGAGAUCUCCUCGACUUUGGCUUCAUGUUGGAGAAGGAGCAAGCCUCUAAGCAUGUGCAGUUACAGAACAGCUCCGUGUUGGCAGCACCUUUCAGAGUGCUGCUGGCCAGUCAGUCUCUUACCAGGUCUGAGAGUGAUGCUGAAAUCAUGGCCUUGCUGCAGGAUGGACACAGAAGCUCUAAGAUCCGCCCAACUGUGGGAACCCAGAACUACAGUGGGUUAAGUGCUUUCAGCGUAACGCCAGUAGAGGGCACCAUCGCUCCUGGACAGAAACAAAACAUCACCAUCACUUUUCAGCCCGACCAUCCGUCUGUCUGCUACUCUGACAAACUCACCAUAGAGCUCAUAAAUAAGAGAAAAGUCUGUGAGAUGGAUCUGAAAGGGGCAGCUUCUUCACAUAACAUGUAUCUGUAUGGAGGAUGUCCUCUAACGUCCCCUCCUGAAUCCCCCCUUCCUCCUCUCAUCAUCCCAGAUCCAGAGGAGGAGUCAAGUUUCCAUGUAUUAGUCACCCUGAAGGCCCGGUGCAGUGGAGGUGUCAUCAGACCUGCUGUCAGGGAACUGCAGGUGGGCUGCAUCCGCUCCCGAAAAGCCACUAAGAAGAGUGGUAAGUUUUCUUGGGAUGACGUAGCAUCUCUGCAUCAGCAGGGCUUUCAGGUGGAGCCUGUUAAAGGCAGCGUGAAGGCAGAAGACAGGUGCUGUGUCACCAUAACAUGGACGCCCCAAAGCGGAUAUAAGCCCUCUGACAUUGUCCAGGUGUGUGUCCCCCUGACUUUGAAGAGUGAUAAGGUCAUCGUUUACAGAGUGACCUUCAUGGCGAUGGUUUCUUCCACUGCUGACUGACAGAUGCAGGACAUGGAUUAAAUGAGAAGACAGGAAUCUUUUCAUUAACUCCACUUCUUUAACUGAAAAUAUUGUGAGAAUGAAAUUCAUUGAAAGGUACUUAAACUUAGCGGUUACAGGUUGUUUUUGUUUUUUUUUCGAGGGGGCUUACUCUUUUUGUUUUAUUUAUGAUGCAGAAACCUUUCACUCUUUGGGAGCAUCAGCAUUUUUUUUUAUCUGUUUUUAAAUACUUAGGAUAUACAAAAAAAGAACAUCUUACCGUAUUUUGCUACUUUAGUUUGAAAAAAUUGCCAAACGAAAAACUUGGAAAGCAUUUCUUUGAAACUGUGCCUCUCUCAUAAAGUUUCAUUUGUCUAGUUUAAAAAAAAAUAAAAGAGGAAAUAUGUUUGAGUUA